AUGCAAUAUCCGUAUAAUAGUUUGAAAAAGCCAUGGAAUCCUUGGCAAAAUAAACCUUUAUUAAUAAUUGUUGGUAUUGGUGUGGGAUUAGUUUUCUUAGGUUUAGUAUUAGGAUUAGGUUUGGGUAUUGGACUAAAUAAUAGUAGUCAAGAUUUUGUUCUAAUCACUGCAAAUGAUUCGUCAUCAGCAAAUGCUACUACAAAUACGACAUCAACGACUACAAUUACCACAACAUUAACAACAACAACAACAAUAACAACCACUACAACAAUAACAACAACGACGACGACGACAAAGGCGGCGGCGUAA